CAGCCCCGGCACCUGCCGUGUCCCCCCCACCCCUGCGCCAGCCCGGGGGGAGACAGCCACCACAUCGCGCGGCCACUUGAAGGCUGUGGCGCAACUGGUCUCGCCGCCGAUGCCGGCCCGGAACUGGAGAAAAAAGCAGUUUCAACAAUGAAUAGCCCACUCAUCACGACCAACUACAGAUGACUUGCCAUUUCAUUUAUAAAGAUGUCGUCAGCUGCUGAAAAUGGAGAUGCAGUACCUGGAAAACAAAGUGAAGAAAAAACCUACAAAAAGACUGCAUCAUCGGCUAUUAAAGGUGCUAUUCAGCUGGGAAUAGGGUACACAGUGGGGAACCUUACCUCUAAGCCAGAACGAGACGUUCUCAUGCAAGACUUUUACGUGGUAGAAAGUGUGUUCCUACCCAGCGAAGGAAGCAAUCUGACCCCAGCGCAUCACUACCCUGACUUCAGAUUUAAGACGUAUGCCCCGUUAGCCUUCCGGUACUUCAGAGAACUCUUCGGAAUCAAGCCUGAUGAUUACUUGUACUCCAUCUGCAGUGAGCCCCUAAUUGAACUUUCCAACCCUGGAGCCAGCGGAUCCUUGUUUUUUUUGACGAGUGAUGAUGAAUUUAUCAUCAAAACUGUUCAGCAUAAAGAAGCAGAGUUCCUCCAGAAGCUUCUGCCAGGCUACUACAUGAAUUUAAACCAGAAUCCAAGGACUCUUCUGCCAAAAUUCUACGGACUUUACUGCAUGCAGUCAGGGGGCACGAACAUCCGCAUCGUGGUGAUGAACAACGUGCUGCCACGGGCCAUGAGGAUGCACUUGACCUACGACUUGAAAGGUUCCACGUACAAGCGAAGGGCCUCCCGGAAGGAGAGAGAGAAACCCAACCCCACAUUUAAGGACCUAGACUUCCUGCAAGACAUGCACGAAGGGCUGUACUUUGAUACGGAAACCUACAACGCACUCAUGAAGACUCUGCAGAGAGACUGCCGGGUGCUAGAAAGCUUCAAGAUCAUGGACUACAGCCUUUUGCUGGGAAUCCACAUUUUGGAUCACUCCCUUAAAGACAAAGAAGAGGAGCCCUUACAGAACGUGCCUGAUGCGAAACGGCCCGGGAUGCAGAAAGUCCUGUACUCCACAGCCAUGGAAUCCAUCCAGGGCCCAGGGAAGUCUGCAGAUGGGAUCAUCCCAGAGAACCCAGACACAAUGGGAGGCAUUCCAGCUAAAAGCCAUAAGGGAGAAAAGCUACUUUUAUUUAUGGGCAUUAUUGACAUUCUACAAUCAUAUAGGUUAAUGAAGAAAUUGGAGCAUUCCUGGAAAGCUCUUGUCUAUGAUGGGGACACUGUUUCAGUUCAUAGACCAAGUUUUUAUGCAGACAGAUUUUUAAAGUUUAUGAAUGCCAGAGUUUUCAAGAAAAUUCAAGCUUUGAAGGCCUCACCUUCUAAGAAACGGUGCAAUUCCAUUGCCGCCUUCAAGGCAACCUCGCAGGAGAUCGUGUCUGCAAUCAGCCAGGAAUGGAAGGAUGAGAAGCGGGAUUUACUGACUGAAGGACAGAGUUUUAGCAGCCUGGAUGAAGAAGCCCUAGGUUCCCGACACAGGCCCGACCUGGUGCCUAGCACCCCGUCACUGUUUGAAGCCGCCUCCUUAGCGACCACAAUUUCAUCUUCUUCCUUAUAUGUCAAUGAACAGUGUCCCCACGACAGGACUGCGCUGUAUCCAAACAGUAAAGUGUUACCUUCCAGCUCCACCUUUACCUUGGAAGAGGGGACUGUCUACUUGACUGCAGAACCAAACGCUCUGGAGGUGCAGGAUGACACUGCGUCUGUGCUCGACGUCUACCUAAUUUGUGACAGCCAGAGGGGUGUGAUGGUGCUGAGCAGAAGUAAGUGAAAGUAGUAACUGGUUAAGCACCUGAAUGGAACCUGAGCACAGUUACAGGAGAGAAGAACCCUCCCUCCAAGAAUUCUCCGGAGCAACUGGCUGAGCCCUGGUGCGCACACAGAAGAACCAACUGGGUUUGGCAGUUUGUGAGGUGUCGGGAGAGCCUUGGUCCAGUGCUGACUGGCAGAUGGGAUGUGAAAACAACACUGUGCCGUCGCUGUUGCUUGCUGACUGAAAACUGCAUGAGCUACAUUUAAGCUGCGUUUCUACACCAUUGCCAAUCACCUUUUUGGACUUGGAAGUGCUAUUUUCCUAUGAACUCUUGCAUUGUUUCAUUUUGCAUGCAUAUAGUGAUUACACAUAAGCAAUUUAUGUAAUCUGCUUAUAUAUUUUUUUAAAAAUCUAUCCAUACAAAAUGGUAAUGUAUAAAUUCUCUCUUUUUUUGCAAAAUUAUAAUCAUAGCCCAUGUCAUUGAAAGCUUAAAUUGGCUUCUUUUAAAGAUCAGUGUCAUAGGUCUGCCUAUACUUUAUAGAAAAUGAGCUUCUAUAAAGAUUUUUUCACUGUUUACUAGUGAAAUGAGAAAAGCAAUGCUAUUUAUAAAAGAAGGCCUUAUGUUGUGUAUAUACAUUGUCAUUGAAAUAUCUGUGAUUUAGUUUAUUGCUUGUA